CAGUCGCCGCCGCUGCUGCCGCCGCCGUCGCCGGAAAAUGUCUGAGCGAGGCGGCUUCUAUAAGCAGGAUUUGAAUAAAACCGUGUGGGAGGUUCCUCAGCGCUACCAGCACUUGACUCCGGUGGGCUCGGGGGCUUACGGCUCCGUGUGUUCAGCAUAUGAUACCAAAACAAGGCAGAAGGUGGCAGUGAAAAAGCUUUCAAGACCUUUCCAGUCCCUUAUUCACGCUCGAAGGACUUACCGGGAGCUUAGAUUACUCAAGCACAUGAAACAUGAAAAUGUUAUAGGAUUACUAGAUGUUUUUACACCUGCAGCAUCAAUAGACAAUUUCAACGAAGUGUAUCUUGUCACCAAUUUAAUGGGUGCUGACUUGAACAAUAUAGUGAAGUGUCAAAAAUUGACAGAUGACCAUAUACAGUUUCUUAUAUAUCAGUUACUUCGAGGACUAAAGUAUAUUCAUUCCGCUGGAAUCAUUCACCGGGACCUGAAGCCCAGUAACUUAGCUGUUAAUGAAGACUGUGAAUUAAGGAUUUUAGACUUUGGCUUAGCCCGGCAAACUGAUGAUGAAAUGACAGGCUAUGUGGCAACCCGAUGGUACAGAGCCCCAGAAAUCAUGUUAAACUGGAUGCAUUAUAAUCAGACAGUUGAUAUUUGGUCAGUUGGAUGCAUCAUGGCAGAGCUGCUGAAAGGGAAGGCUCUUUUUCCAGGAAAUGACUAUAUCGACCAGCUGAAACGAAUAAUGGAAGUAGUUGGUACACCUAGUUCUGAACUUCUCAAAAAAAUAUCAUCAGAACAUGCCAGAAAAUAUAUAGAAUCUCUACCAUACAUGCCUCAACAGGAUCUGAAAGUAGUAUUUCGUGGAGCAAACCCAUUAGCUGUGGAUCUUCUUGAGAAGAUGCUCAUCCUGGACAGUGACAAAAGAAUAACGGCCUCCGAAGCACUUGCACAUCCUUAUUUUGCUCAGUAUCAUGAUCCUGAGGAUGAACCAGAAGCAGAGGUGUAUGAUGAAUCAAUAGAAAAUAAAGAAAGGGUUAUAGAUGAAUGGAAAGAACUAACAUAUGAAGAAGUGAUCAGCUUUAAACCACCUGACUUGAAGAUGGAUAGCCUUGAAAUUGAACAAUAAACCCAGACUCCUCUUUUUGCUAUGCUUUACUCUGAAGACUAUAAAACAUCUAGCAUUGCAAUUCAAUUUCCUAUAUGACAAGCAUAGAUUUUACAAUCCAAAGAUCUUGGAAAAGCUACAACAAUGCAAGCAAAACAGUCUGAAGAAACAUACAUUGGGAAGGGAAUUGUCCUGUACUAUGAAUGUAAUAAUUGCAGAACAUUAAGUACUGCUUCAUUCUGAAAAAUGAUGCACUGAAGUUUGUCUUUUUAAAUUUUGUCUUCUCUGCAUGUUUCCCAGUGUGAUGCCAAAAAUUGUGCUUUUUU